AUGGCUGAUGACCAGGGCGCUUCCCCUCGUGAGCUUAUCCUCGAAGCGUGCCGCCGCGAUAACACUUCUCUACUCGAUGAGGCCAUAACCGACCUAGCCAAGGAAGCGAAGAAGGUCGGAAGGAAGGAGAAGGACCAUGUUGCGGAGACGAUAAACAAGGCCGCUGACGGAGUGGGUAACGGACCUCUACACGUCGCAGCAACAUACGGAAGCUACGACGUUCUAGACGUCCUCCUGGACCAAGAAGGCGUCGAAAUCGACAACAUCGACCGCAUGGAACACGACACGCCCCUCCACAAAGCCGUCCGCUAUGUCAACUCGCUCGACAAGUCCGACUGGGAGUCCGCAGGCCACCCCAUUGUCGACAUCCUCCUCGACGCCGGCUGCGACCCCAGGAUACGGAACAAGGCCAAAUUGAAGCCGUUCGAGCUGGUAGAUCCCAGGAAUACGGUGCUGAGGGCGGAGUUGCAGAAGGCGGAGUAUGCGCUCAACGCGGGAGGUGAUGUGGUUGCGGACGAUGACGAUGGUCCAACAGGGAGCGCGAGUGAUAGCGACUAA